GUGUACUGGAUGUCUCGGCGGAGGUUCACUACCCGAGCACUGGAACGAAACCAAGUACAGCCACAAUGUGACGUCAGAAUAUUCCGCCGUGGGACUGAACCCGGUGUGCAACGAGACCAAGUACCCCGGUCCCUGUGCUGGCUAUUUUCCUCGUUAUUUUUACAACAACGUGACCAAGACCUGCGAGAAGUUCAUCUACGGAGGAUGCAGGGCCAACGGCAACAACUUCGUGACUCUCGAAGAGUGCCAGAACACCUGCUGGGCGUCCCUGGACCAGAAUGCUGUGGAGGAGGUUGGUGCCUUCGAACUUCCGUAUCAUCCAUUUGCGCCACCUGAAGUGUGUACGUACCCGGCCGACACGGGACCCUGCAAGGCGUACAUGACUCGCUUCUUCUACAACACCGAGACGAGGCGUUGUGAGCAGUUCGUCUACGGAGGCUGCGGAGGCAACGGCAACAACUUCCUAACCUACGAUGCGUGCCAGAAGAAAUGCAAGACGGUCUUCGGCGUCGUUCCCCACGCCUAAGGAAACAUGACCGUG